AUGUUCAAGCAAUGGGCAAAAACUGUAAAGGCUGGCAACCACAAGUCAGCUAUCUAUCUCAGCCCCGGGUUUGUAUCAGUUUCUUUCUUACUCUGUCUGUUUGUGUUUAGACUGGGGGGCAACGACCUGGGAGAUUCCGGAGUGAAACUGGUGUAUGCGGCUCUGAAGGACUGGGACUGUAAAAUACAGACACUGUGGCUGGACUAUGUCGGUCUCACAGAUUCUGGAGCCGAGGGUCUCGUCUCCGCUCUCAGUACAAACCAUACGGUGACGGAGCUGCACCUGAGUGUGAAUAAACUGGGAGAUUAUGGAGUGAAACUGGUGUCUGAUGCUCUGUGGAACCCGGACUGUAAAAUACAGAUACUGUGGCUGGACAGUGUCGGUCUCACAGAUUCUGGAGCGGAGGAUCUCGUCUCCGCUCUCAGUACAAAGCCCUCACUGACGGGGCUGAACCUGACAGACAACUCCCUCACAGACCGAUGUGUCCCCGCUCUCCGCCGCCUCAUACUGACCCUCCCGAGACUAGAGCUGAUCUGGCUGGAGGGGAAUAAGUUCAGUACAGACGGACAGAACCAGCUGAAGAGUCUGCAGGGAACCAGACGCGGUCUGAGUGUGUUCGUGUGAACAUCUCUGGGUGUAAACGUCACCGCCCUGUGGACUGGAAUAUUGUUGGCCGUUUCCCUGCCCCUCCCCUUUAAACGCCGCCCAUCAUCCCCUUUAAACCCCGACGUUUCCCGAGCCGGCCGGGCGGUGACGUCAGAGGGGACCCUGCCCGCUGUCACGUGACCCGGGUAUGCGGCGCUGCUGAUACUACCAGGCCGGUGCUUCCCCCAGUGGGGAACGGGGGCAUUGCAGCUAGACCUGCAGGAUCCCAGAUGUGUCUUUAUCAUCUGUGGCCCCCGCUCCUGCUGUGGAUUAAUGGUGACAAAAGCAGCAGCAACAGCAACAGCAACAUCACGCUGCUUGAUGCUGCCUACCUACCUACCUACCU